GACGGUUUACGCAGAUUGUCAGGAAAUGAAUACAUCCUUUCCACCAAGCAGCCCCACCACCUCCCCAGCCACCUGACCACCCCCCUGUCGUUAAACGACAUCCCCCCUCGUAUCGCUCAGACCAUGGAGGCCGAGGACUCGUGGGACUUUGACAUCUUUAAUCUGGAGGCUGCCACCCUGAAACGGCCUCUGACCUACCUGGGCCUGAAGAUCUUCUCCCGCUUCGGGGUCUGCGAGUUCCUGAACUGCCCUGAAGCCACUCUGCGCUCCUGGCUCCAAGUGAUCGAAGCCAACUAUCACUCCAGCAACUCCUACCACAACUCCAGCCACGCAGCCGACGUCCUGCACGCUACCGCUUACUUCCUGUGCAAGGAGAGGGUCAAGCAAAGUUUGGAUCCGAUUGAUGAGGUGGCCGCCCUGAUUGCUGCUACGGUGCACGACGUGGACCACCCGGGCCGCACCAACAGCUUCCUGUGCAACGCAGGAAGUGAGCUGGCCAUCCUCUACAACGACACGGCCGUGCUGGAGAGCCACCACGCCGCUCUGGCCUUCCAGCUCACCACCAGGGAAGAYAAAAGCAACAUCUUUAAAAACAUAGAAAG